CUCUAAAUUUCUGAUUUCGUCUUCCCCAAGAUCUAGGCAUAAACUCCCUUCACUCCUCCGCGCACAGAUUCAUCUCCUCCACACCAGCCUUGCUCUGUACUUUAUCCAUUUUUUCAAAACACAAAACACAAAAACCAAAUACACCCCCUUUCACUUUCAAAACAACGCACGACGCUACCAUGGCCGACAGCAAUAAGAAAGAGCCCACUGCAGCCGAAGCUAUGCUGUUCUUCAGCAUUGUCAAGCACACUCGAAACAAGGCUGACGUUGACUGGAACGCUGUCGCCUCCGAGGCUGGAUUCAAGAAUGCCGAUGUCGCCAAGGUUCGAUUCGGCCAGGUUAAGCGUAAGCUCGGUAUCUCUACUGAGACUACUGCUCCCAGCCGCGGUCCUGUGACUCCCAAGAAGACCGCUGGCGCUCGAGUCGCCAAGACUCCCCGUAGCGCCAAGGGCAGAGGAAAGGUCAAGAAAGAAGCUGACACGGUCCUCCUGCACGAUGAAGAUGAGGACGAGCUGGUCAAGGCCGGCAUCAAGGCCGAGGACCGUGAGAUGGAAAAGACUCCAGAGAAGGAAGACCUCGGAGAUGAUGACAUCGAUCCCGCCAACUUCCCCUUCUUUCAACAGUAACUUCACAACUGAGAGAAUGUUUCAGGCUUUUCGGAUCGAGAUUACGAUCUCUUAUGGUUGCUAAGAAUCUGAGUUGGGGCGAUCAGAGUGGAUAUACGAUCUGAGGACUUAGCUACGGCAACAUGAUACCACAAAGCCAAGUAUGACGACGACAAAAUCAAGUCAAAAUUCUAGCACAUCUCACAUUCAUUGCAAGCUUUGAUGAUCC